CCUGUUAAACGCUCGCCAGUGGAGUGACGGAAAGCGAUGUUUCUGAGGAGAUAACACUGUUAACCAGGCCCAACGGAAUAAAAGUCACUCAAAAUGAACUGGAUGCCGUUCAAGAUUGGACAGCCGAAAAAACAGAUUGUCUCUAAAACUGUUGAAAGAGACUUUGAGCGAGAAUAUGAAAAGCUCCAGAAGCUUGAGGAUCAGACAAAGAAACUUCACAAAGACAUGAAGAAAAGCACAGAGGCUGAUUUAGCCAUGUCUAAAGCAGCAGUGAAGAUCUCUGCAGAUCUGCUGAGCAACCCACUGUGUGAGCAGGACCAGGCCUUCCUCGACUCCAUGACUGCUUUAGACACAGCCAUGAAAAGGAUGGAUGCAUUUAACCAGGAAAAGGUCAACCAGAUCCAGAAGACCGUCAUAGACCCUCUAAAAAAGUACAGCGGCGUCUUCCCGAGCCUCAACAUGGCGGUGAAGCGCCGGGAGCAGGCUCUGCAGGACUACAAGCGCCUGCAAUCCAAAGUGGAGAAGUACGAGGAGAAAGAGAAAACGGGGCCAGCUAUUGUCAAACUUUGUCAGGCGAAAGAAGAGCUGCGACCAGUCAAGGAGGACUUUGAGGCCAAGAACAAGCAGCUGCUGGACGAGAUGCCCAAAUUCUACCAGAGCCGCAUCGACUACUUCCAGCCCAGCUUCGAGGCUCUCAUCCGGGCGCAGGUGGUCUACUUCACUGAAAUGUACAACAUCUUCAGCCAGUUAACGGAUCAGAUCGACGAAGCCGGGCUGACUGAUGAACAGAGGCAGAAGGAGACCGAGGCCAAGCUCAACGAGCUGCGCUCUCUGUCCAUUGUCGCCGACGACUGAAGGGGGGGGAAUGCCAGAGAUCGGGAUGUGCUCUUUUCAUCACUCCCUGAAUGGAUUUCAUCCCCUCCAAACCUCCUCAGGAGUUCAGACGGACAGCAGUGGCCUGAAAAUUAUUGGUGGUUUCUUUCAUUGCAGCCCCUCUUGUUUUGCACUACAUUCUGAUGUUUUUUUUUGUUUUUGUUUCCUCUCCUUCUUUGCAAAGACGUUGUAAUUCGGAGCAGCUGAACGCCACGUUAACUAAGCCAUCAGCCAAGUGCGACUUCAUAAGCCAAUAUGUUAUAUUCUUUUUGUAGUAAUGGAAUCAGGAUGUGCUAAAGCAAAUUAUAAGGUUCUACUACGUUAUGUUUGUUUUCUAAUGUUACAUUUAAAGAAACGUUUUAUUGAUCACUCGUUUUACUAAAAGUCUAAUUUUUUACUAAACAGGACUAAAACACAAACAUCUUGUUUAUUGUAAAAAAAAAAAAAAAAAACUGUUCAUCUUCUUGUGAUAUUCAAGUGACUUCUGUGCCAUCGUAUGUGAGGGCUUCUAAUGCCUCCAACCUCUAUUCUGCAUAAUGCGUCUCCGCUGCCCUGCUGAAAGGUUAUCCGUUCAGACGGGAGAGAGGAACCGUCUCCACCAAGAAAAAUGCUUGUACUCCCUCUAGUGGGAAUUGCUGCUCACAGCAACCGGCUUUCCUUUUGUUCACAGCACCCAUCCUUUGUUCUAUUGUUGGUGAGAGUAUGUGUUAGCGAAGAGCCUCACACAUUGUUGGCAUGCUUAGAAAGUCCCUUCUCUUCACCCUCAACACCAGGGUUGGAAGCCAGUUUUUGUUUCUGGUCUCCUUUAAUUUUGGAAAGAGUCACACUGCUUUGUUUUCACUCUCUAUUGAGAUGAGCCUCGGUAUGAAAGCUAAACUAUACGGUUAUGUACACAUUGGUCUCUCAGCUGUGAUUUUGUUUUUCUGUCCGUCUUUCCUUUGUAUGGUAACAAGUUGAUUUGUUCCAUUUUUAUAUUGUUUUGAGUUGACCUCUGCAACCUAAGUUGUUUAUGUUGCACAGAAAUAACUUUAAAAAUGAAGGUGCUUUUCUUAAUCGGUUAAAUUAUUUUUUAAGAGUUUUUUUUUUUUUUUACGGAACUAAUGGGAUUCUUUGUCUUUAGUUAUUGUUACUCUGUCUAAUGAAGUUUGAAAAGAGGAA